AUGUCUGCACGUGCAUUUAAUAUAAUCAAGCUUCCCAGCCGGCGCUGCUUUUCAAGUAGCCGCGCUGCCAGUGCAGACUUCACUCACGCGGUAAUUGGCGCUGGUGUCGUGGGCCUCGCGACCGCCAGGCAAUUAGCAGCCCAUGAAGGCACAUCAACCAUCCUGCUUGAGCGCCAUGAUGCGCCAGGCACGGAGACAAGCAGUCGCAACUCCGAGGUAAUUCACGCCGGUCUUUACUACCCUGCAAACUCCCUUAAAACCUCACUCUGCAUCCGGGGCCGCAACCUCCUUUACGAACUCUGUUCCCAAAACGACAUCCCACACCGCAACACUAAGAAAUGGAUUGUGUCCCAAACCGAAGCCCAAUGGGAAGCAUCAUUGAAAGUGCACGCGCAUGCGCAAAACCUCGACGCACCGACCCGCCUCGUCGGCCGAGACGAGGCCCUCCGCCGUGAGCCAGAUGUCAAGGCCGACGCGGGUAUCGUCGAGAGCCUGACAACUGGUAUUGUGGAUAGCCACUCGCUCAUGACCUAUCUGCAGGGCGAUUUUGAAGAUCGGGGUGGAGAUGUCGCUUUCAAGACGCGGGUUACGGGGAUUGAGGCUGUGGACAGCGGGCGCGGAGGGUACAAGAUCACUGCUGUUUCGGAUGAAGAUGGCUCUGUGACAACUUUCACGGCGGACACGUUGAUAAACAGUGCUGGUCACGGUGCGUGUGCUAUUAGCAACAUGCUACUUCCGCCAGAAUGUCACUUCUUCCCGCACUAUGCCAAGGGGACCUAUUUCUCAUAUGCGGCUUCUCGGCCGCGGACUUCGGUUUUGGUUUACCCGGCUACGCUCCCCGGAACGCCUAGCCUGGGUACGCAUCUGACACUUGAUAUGGGUGGGCGCAUCCGUUUUGGGCCUGAUGUUCAGUGGGUUGAUAGCCCUGAUGAUCUGAAACCAAAUCCUGCAAAUCUGCAGGUGGCCUUGAAGGAGAUUAAGUCGUUCAUGCCUGGUGUCGAUGUCGAUGCCAUCGCUUUGGAUUACUGUGGCAUUCGGCCCAAGUUGGGUCGGGGUGGUUCUGUCAAUGAGGGUAAGGGAUUCCAGGAUUUCAUCAUCCGCGAAGAAGAGGGAUUGCCUGGUUUUGUUAACCUGUUGGGAAUCGAGAGCCCUGGUUUGACGAGUUGCUUGGCUAUCGGUGAAAUGGUCGAUGGAAUCUUGUAUCGCUAG